UUUAUAAAAAAAAAAGAAGAGCCAAACAACAAAUUAAAGCCAUCGAGUAAAGCAAAGCGAAUUCCAGAAUAGAAGAAUCUAGCUCUAUAUUCUAGCUUGGUCAUUACGUACCACAGAAAAAGGGAAAACUUUAUAAGGUGCUUGUAAUUUAUAAGCUCAAGUUGAAAAUUUUUCAAAUUUUUUUUUUCAACUUUUGUGAUCUUGAAAGGAGCCAUGGCAGAAGAAUUUCAGCUAGGUAGAGGAAACUGGUGGGAGUCGUCAUCAUCAACAACAACAACAACAUCAUCGUCUAGGAAUAAUAAGUUUGAAAGUGGAAUAUUAUCAUCUACUACUACUACUAUGUCUUCAGUAUCCACCGCACUAAAUAGCAUGGCAAGCAACUUUGGUUGUUGGCCGACAGAAAUUGAGGAUAUUAAAGCUAGAUCUUCCUUGAAUCCUGUGUCUGUGUCGGCAUCUGAUAGUAGCUCUAUGGUUUUUCCAGCUGAUCCCCAGAAACUCCACGCCUCUGAAUCUGGUGCUCUAAAUUUGCAAGUCAUGGGCUUAGGUCUACCAUCCCAAGGACUUGAUUGGAACCAACCUUUCUUCCGCGGUGAAAAAGCUGGGAGUGGCUUUCGUUCCAUACUUGAAGAAGGGCUGAGCUCGGAUGCAAAUUAUCAGCAAGAAGGAUCAUGUCAGCAAGAUCAUCAUUGGACGCAGAAAAUAUAUACUGGGAAUGACUAUAAUAAUAAGCAAAUGGACCGGGGUAUUUCUUUAGAUCAUCAACCAGUAUUUAAUGCUCCAAAUAUGAGCUCAAAUCUUGAUAAAGCACCUUAUGGAAGUCCUUCAAAUAUGUUACAAGGACUCUUAAUUUCUGAUAGUCACCAAGAAUCCAACUUUACAAGUGCUACAUCGCUAUAUUAUCCUCCCUAUAACCCAUCGAAUUGUGACGUCAAUCAUGCAGCAGCUGACGUAAUGCCCGCUUCAUCUUCAUCUUCUUCUUGGUCUAAAUUUCCGAAACAGCAGUGGCCGAUGCCGCUGCCUCACGGCCAGUCGCAUUUCUCUGGCACUCCUUUCUGGAAUGCCACGUCAGCUUCCAUGGACGAUGUUCGCUCAGGUUUCCACCUCCCAUCUAUACAUCAGCAGCUUCCCAACCCAGUUGAUACGAAACCAAAGCAUACAGCUGAAGAUAAGAAUAUAAGAACAAUAGCAAAGAGAAGUGGCAGUGAAACGUCAAAUAAGAGACCACGGAAUGAAGCGCCAUCUCAAAUGCCAGCUUUUAAGGUGAGGAAAGAGAAGAUGGGAGACAGAAUCACUGCCCUUCAACAAUUAGUCUCACCUUUUGGAAAGACUGAUACAGCUUCUGUGCUCUCCGAAGCGAUUGAGUACAUAAAAUUCCUCCAUGAGCAAGUCAAUGUCUUAAGCACCCCAUACAUGAAAAGUGGAGCUUCCAGGCAGCAACAUCAGCAGAGUACUGGUGAUAGAUCCAAUGUUAAUCCAGAAGGAGCAAAGCAAGAUCUUAGAAGUCGAGGAUUAUGUUUGGUCCCAGUUUCUAGCACCUUUCCCGUAACUCAUGAAACGACAGUAGAUUUUUGGACACCAACAUUUGGAGGAACAUUCAGAUAAUGAAGAGGCCCAGACAAGAAGCCAACAACAGAUAAAUUAAUCACAAAAAGAGUUAGAGUUUAAGUUAUAUACACCGUUAGUAUAAUUUUUGUUUUUUA